AUGAACAAUAACAAUAAUUAUAACUCACCUACACUAUCUACUUCGAGUUCAUCAUCAUCUACUUCAAUCACAACUUCGACCUCAACCUCAAACACAUCUGAUAGUAAUACAUCACUACAACACCAACCAAAGAAGAUACAUAAACUAUCUGUUGAUGUUAUCAAUAGAAUCAAUGCAGGCGAGGUUGUAUUACGACCUAGCAAUGCUCUCAAGGAGCUAAUUGAGAACUCAUUGGACGCUCAUUCAACGAUCAUCACUGUCACACUGAAAGAUGGAGGUCUAAAGUUAUUACAGAUACAAGAUAAUGGUUGUGGUAUCAAGCUCGAGGAUAUGGAUAUUGUUUGCGAGAGGUUCACAACGAGCAAGUUGACAUCGUUUGAAGACUUGAGAAAGAUUACGACAUUUGGAUUCAGAGGCGAGGCACUCUCAUCAAUCAGUCAUUGUGCACAUCUCAAGAUAUUGACAAAGACAUAUGAUUCGGCUUGUGCCUAUCGUGCACACUAUCACAAUGGCAAGCUGCACUCACCCGACGCCAGACAAUCGGCUGAGCCCAAGCCGUGUGCCGGUGUCAAUGGCACUCAGAUCACAGUGGAGGACCUGUUCUACAACAACCCUUCGAGGAAACUUGUUAUCAAAAACACAUUGGAGGAACACAAUCGUAUAGUCGAUCUGAUUAGGAAGUACGCCAUCAACAACAGUACGAUAACAUUCAUAUUGAAGAAGUUUGGUGAUCCGACACCGGACGUGCACACACCUGGCAACCUGACCGAGAAGGAGGCCAUCGCCCACCUCUAUGGCAGCGAGGUUGGACGCGAACUCAAAGAGCUAUCCGUGUCCAAUGACAAACUAGAGUUUGACAUGAAAGGAUUCUUCUCCUCCACCAACUACUCUGGCAAGAAGAUGACAUUCAUUCUCUUUAUCAAUAAUCGUUUGGUUGAAUCAAAGAAUUUGAAGACUGGUAUACAGAAGAUAUACGAGAAGUACUUGCCAAAGGGUACACAUCCAUUUGCUUUUGUUCGACUGCAACUCAAUCCAAAGAAUGUCGAUGUCAAUUGUAGUCCAACCAAGAACAUGGUGCAGUUCCUCAAUGAAGAGGCCAUCAUUGAGAUGAUCCAGAAGAUCGUGGACCAAGACCUUGUUCAAUCUAUCAACUCAAGAUCAUUCUCAACACAAGUCACAUUGCCAGACUUUGACAGCACUAGCAAUGACGCUCCGUCCAACAACAACAACACGAACAAAGGAGCAACAUCGACAACACAAUCAACUUCAGCUACAAGCAAAUCCAACAAGGCACCCGCUAUAUUGCCAUCACAGCUGAUUCGAUCAGAUUCAAAGACUCAACCCAUCUCUGCAUUCAUUGCUGAUGAAGACAAUGACUCUGACUUUAGACCAAAUCAACUCAUCUUCACAAAAAAGUCGAACAACAAGGGAAAAGACGGUGGCGGUGGUCCACUCAAUGCAAACGACUCUGCCAUGACCUCAGACAUGAUUGAUGAAAUAGAGAGCUCAGGCAUGGCUCCUCCAUCCCCUCAACAACCAACUACAACAACAACAACUACAUCCACGUCUACAACCACAUCUUCCAACGACGACAACACCUCAGACGGCGCCAACAACAACACAAAGAAACACAAACUGGACACCGAGACAACAUCAGUAGUCAAUCCAAAUAGGACAAAGAGAUACAAGCCUACUGAGUUGACCAGUAUCAAGGACCUUCUAAAGACUGUGGACAACAACUUACAUAGUGGAUUGCAAGAGUUCUUCUCAGACUGUGUGUUUGUUGGCUGUCUCGAUCAUACAUUCUCACUGGCACAACACAAGACCAAGCUCUACCUCAUCAACGUUGAGAUACUUAGCAAAGAGUUGAUCUAUCAGAGUAUCCUGCGUGGCUUUGCAGCAUUUGACACCAUCAAGUUUGUCACACCCCUAUCAAUCAACACAAUGAUACUUACCUCCCUAGACUCGCCUUGCUCUGGAUGGCAACCUGAAGAUGGUUCCAAAGAGAAGAUAGCUGAUUACUUGACCAAACUAUUGAUAUCAAAGGCAUCGAUGUUACACGAGUACUUCUCCAUUGAUAUUAUUGAUGGUCACCUGGCGGGUAUCCCUCAGAUAUUGGAUAACUAUGUGCCUUGCAUGGAUAACCUGCCCGUCUUUAUGUUGCAUCUGGCUACAGAGGUGGACUGGGAGUUUGAAAAGGAAUGUUUCGAUUCAAUAGCCAAAGAGUUGUCUGUGUUUUACAAGAUUGAAGCAUCACUACCUGUCGAUAACAACAACAACAACAACACGAGUACAACACACAAUGGACAGAAACGCAAUGGAAGGGAAUGGGUCAUACAACAUUUGAUCUUCCCAGCACUCAAACGAUUGGUGCCGCCCAAGUCAUUCUCCAAUGAUGGCACCAUCAUCAUGGUCACUUCCUUGGAGAAAUUGUUCAAGGUAUUUGAGCGAUGUUAA